AUGAGCAACCAAACGAAUGGCAUAUUUGAUAUGAUUCAUGAUGAGAAGAAUUCGAAAAUGGAUCCCGAGAAAUGGGCAGCAAUCCAUGAUCCACGAGCGCCACGUCCUCAAGCAAGAGCAAAUGACGACGGCAGAGUAAUGCCCAGUGGAAUGCCAGAAAGAAAAAUGGAGCCUCAGCUCUCGACAACAGGUGCCUAUCGAGUUGGUGACACGGAAAGUGACGACGGUGGACAAACCACUAGUGGUGAUUCCGAUGAUGAUAGCGAAAGUUGUUUCAUGGUAGUACCCAAGGCAGCUCUGGUCGACGAUGAAGAAAACGACGGAGUGAUGAAAGAUGUUGAAGCACCAAGCACUAAGAUUUCAAUUGUAAAGGCACGAACCUUUCCGGAUGCUCUUCACAGCUCUCCUACCAAAAAGAAAUCCACACACAAACGAAAGUUUCGUUGCUGCAUGAUCCUCUUUUGCUUGCUCCUUGUUGGACUACUUGGUGGAGUCUUUUAUUUCCUCUGCAAAGACGAAUUUAGUACUUCAACAGCAUCUCUAGAAGCUACGAAUGGUAACGGGAAUGGGAGUGGCAAUGGCAACAGCGAUGACAACGAUAAUAAUGACGGAAGACGUCCAAGCAAAGGAGGAGGAAACGGGAAUGGAGACGGAGACGGAGGGAACGGCCGUGGCAACGACAAUGAUUAA